AUGGUGAAGCUCAAGUUACCGAAUCCCGGACUGGAGAACAGGAUUCCCACUUAUGGAGACCUGGAGAGAAUGGAGAAGGAAGAAGCUGGAGACAGGCCCAAGUGGGACAACAAGGCUCAGUACUUGCUCACCUGUGUGGGCUUCUGUGUGGGACUGGGGAACGUCUGGAGGUUCCCCUACCUGUGUCAGAGCCAUGGAGGAGGUGCUUUUAUGAUUCCGUUCCUUAUCCUUUUGGUGCUGGAGGGAAUCCCUCUGCUGCACCUGGAGUUUGCCAUCGGUCAGAGGCUCAGGAAGGGCAGUGUGGGAGUGUGGAGGUCGAUAAAUCCUCAUCUGACCGGAGUGGGGAUUGCAUCAUUGAUGGUCUCCUUUAUGGUGGGAAUGUACUACAACACCAUCAUGGCCUGGAUCUUGUGGUACCUCUUCAACUCUUUCCAAAACCCUCUUCCGUGGAGUCAAUGUCCCCUUAACGAAAACAGGACUGGUGUGGUAGAUGAGUGCGCCCGCAGCAGCACAGUGGAUUACUUUUGGUACAGGGAGACUCUGAACACAUCUGAAAGCAUUGACCAGGCUGGGGGUCUGCAGUGGUGGAUGGUGUUGUCCCUAAUGGCUGCCUGGACUUUGCUCUAUGUCUGCACCAUCCGAGGAAUUGAGACCUCGGGAAAGGCUGUGUACAUCACAUCCACUCUGCCAUAUUUGGUCCUGACCAUCUUCCUCAUCAGAGGGCUAACGCUUAAAGGCUCUUUCGAAGGAAUAAAGUUUCUAUUCACACCAGAUGUGAAUGAGUUAAUGAACCCAGCAACAUGGCUGGAUGCCGGAGCUCAAGUUUUCUACUCAUUCUCUGUGGCUUUUGGAGGUCUCAUUUCUUUCUCGAGCUACAACUCUGUUCACAACAACUGUGAGCAAGAUGCUGUUCUUAUCUCCAUCAUAAACGGUUGCACAUCAGUGUACUCCGCCACUGUGAUCUAUUCCAUCAUCGGCUUCAGGGCCACUCAGAACUUUGACGACUGUGUGUCAGACAAUAUACUGAAGCUGGUGAAUGCCUUUAACUUGCCUGAAGGAAACAUUGUUGACAGUAACUACAACGAGGCCCUGGGAUACUUCAAUCAGACCAACCCAGCUUUGGUUGAAAGCUUGGAUUUAACUACUUGUGACAUGAAGUUUUUCCUAAGCCAGGGAGUAGAGGGAACAGGUCUGGCCUUCAUUGUGUUCACAGAAGCCAUCAUACGGAUGCCCAUCUCUCCCUUGUGGGCUGUGCUGUUUUUCAUCAUGCUCUUCUGCCUGGGUCUCUCCACUAUGUUUGGAAGCAUUGAGGGGGUGGUGAGUCCUCUGCAGGACCUCAAUCUCCUGCCAAAAUCAUGGCCAAAAGAAGUGUUUUGUGGUUUGACUUGCCUCGUCUCGUUUGGAUUUGGACUUAUUUUUACUCAAAGCUCUGGAAACUACUGGUUGGCACUGUUUGAUAACUAUGCAGGAUCUAUUCCUCUGCUGGUCAUUGGCUUCUGUGAAAUGGUUGCAGUUAUAUACGUCUAUGGCAUAGACAGAUUUAACGAGGACAUUGAGUUUAUGAUUGGCCACAAGCCCAACAUCUUCUGGCAGGCCACAUGGAGAGUGAUCAGUCCACUUAUCAUGGUCUUCAUCCUGAUCUUCUACUUUGUUACUCAAGUUUCCAAAACGGCCACCUAUCUCGUCUGGGACCCCAAGUCUGAGGCAUUUCCAACUCUAGAAAAACAACCAUUUCCUGCUUAUAUCAAUGUUAUAAUAUUCAUCUUGGCUGGAAUCCCUAGUUUAAGCAUCCCUGCAUUUGCACUUUAUAAGUUUAUCCAGAGGAGAUGUUGUAAGAAGGAUGACAAGAGAGACUCAGUGGACUCAAUCUCAGCUAAAGUUGAGAUGAACGGGAAAAUGUAA